UAAUUAAUUCGGGUGAAACCGGAUUUAAGUCAAGUAACAUUUAUAUUGAGAAUAGGCUUCAUGUACGCUUAAACCUACCAUAUAAAAAAUGGACAAUUUCAAACAGACUAAAUUUCUAUUAAUUUUCUCCUUGGGCUAAUGCUUUCCAUUGUAUUACUUUAUUAUUUGAAAAACAUGGAAAAUUGAAGUAAGAUUCGACAUUCUAUUGUUCUUUUGAUGACAGUAAUCUCUUCAAAAAAUUAUAUCCCUAUCAUAACGGCUUCUGUUUUAAUUUUUGAUGACAGUUACUCCAAUUUUACAUUUUGAUAAAAAACGCUACCCCAUUAUACUUUAUACGAAUUCCGCAUUUUCAAAAUAAUACAAAAGAAUAGCAGCUGCUGUCAAAUUAUUCAAAAAUCAAAGUUCUAAAGUUCUUUUGUCUUUUACAUAUUUGACAAAACGAUUUUUUUUUCUGCUUUUUCAAUAGUUCAUAAUUUUUGCGUAAUCAAAAAAAAAAAUUUUAAUUUUUAAUAUUAUAGAAAAGUUUUUUUAAAAAAUUUCUACUAAAAAUUUUUUAAUUUUUUAGAUGCCAAUGAGUACUCCAACAAGUCCUCGGAAAUUUAAUGGUUUAACAGAUGAGGAUCGUCCGACACCUUUAUUUACAGAUAUGAAUUUUAGUCAAGAAUUAAGUGGUAAAAUGCGUGUACCAAAAAGAAUAAAAGCAACUGGCGAAUAUUCGGAUGAAGAUUUAUUAUUAUCAAAUCAAAAUGGAAUAAUGAAUUCUUGGACUUAUCAUGAUAAAAUUGAUAUGAAUGUUCCAGAUCGAAUUGUUGUUAUAGGCCAGGAUCAGCAUUUAGGAACACGUUCAACACCACGUGAAAUUGUAUUGGAUAAUUCCAUUUUACCAACAGAUCCAGGUUUUGUUAGAGUACAAACACCACCAAGAGUUAUAACAUUAAGUGAACAUGUAUUUCCAACAAUAGAAGACAAUGGAAAACCAAAUAAUGGUUUUGGUUCAUCUAAUUAUAUACGAGCAGGACAAAAUGGACAUAUAACAGUGGGAUUUGAUCCAAAUGCUGGAUAUAAUAAUUCUAAUAUGAAUGAUACAUCAUCUGUUGAAGAUGAAUCAGAAAGACGUCAGAUAACUAAUUCUAGUCGAAAAUCAUUAAAUUAUAAUGAUACAACUAUUGCACAUCGUGAUGGUACACCACCAAUUGGUGAUUUAUCACCAUCAGAAGAAAUUAUGUACUUAAGAAGGCAAUUAGCCAAAUUAAAUAGACGGGUGCUUUCAAUCGAAAUUGAUAAUGUUCAAAGACAACAACGUGAAAAAAUCAUAUAUUGCUUGGGAUUAGCAUAUUUUUUAUUAAAAACUAUUUUCUGGUUGAACAAAAAUUAAAAGAUUAUGAUAAUUGGAUGCCUUUGCUGUAAACCAAAUUAAUUGACAACUUUAAGAAGAAAAAUAAUUAACUGAUUUUUUUUUUUGUAUUAAAUAAGAACAUAAAUAAAUAAGCUGCUUGAAUAUUUGAUAAAGAAAAAAAACAUUGGAGCAGAAGUGGAUCAAAUAUUUACUUCAAUCAGAAGAAAUUCAUUUUUUUUUAUAUAUACAUAUAUAACUAUUAUUAAAUAUUUACCUACAAGAAAAAAAAAAGUAAUAUUCCAUAGUUAACCCUACGAAAUACAAAGGUUAAGAAAAUCAAAAAAAAAAAAUAUAAGGAAGAAAAAAAAAAAGAAGAAUGAUUAUGAUUUUUAUUAAAAAAAAAAUAUCUAAUUAUAAUAAAUUAUUAAAUUUACAUAAAAAAAAUUAAUAUAAAUAUUAGAAAUCUAACUAUUUGUUGUUUUUGUAAUGAUAUGAAUCUGAUCUCUAUGAUAUUAGAGCUUAUUUGAAAUGGAGGCAUUACAAAUUUUUGUUUUUUUAAGAGAAUAUUUAAAAAACUAAUAAAUAGAAAAAAUUUUAGAGAUUUAGUAAAAGAAUGAUAAUGAAUACAUUUUUUUUUUAAAUACCUGUAAAAUAUUAUAAACAAAUUCGAGAUAUAAAUAGAAAACGAAAUACUUUAUUUUUUUUUUUGUAUAUAAAUUGAAUUUUCCAAAUAUUAAUUAUACAUUAAAUUUUAUUUUAUCAAUUUUUUUUUAAUUAUUCAUUAAAUAUAGCUUUGGUUUCAUUUCUCUUUUUUUAUAUUUUUUUUAAUUUCAAUAUAUACAUAAUUCUCGUUUUUAUUUCACAUUUACUUAGUUUAGUUAUAAAUUUUAAAGUAUGACAAAAUAAUUAAAAAUAAUUAAAUAAAAAAAAAGAAAAGAAUUGUUGUGAAUGAAAAAGUAAUACGAAUUACCUUUCGAUUAAUUAAAAUUAAAAAUUACCAUACAUAAAUAUAUAAAAAAAAAUUAAAAUUAUUGAAUACAUACACGAAUAAAACACUUAUUUUAAGAGCAAACAAAAAAGAAAUUGAAAAAUGGUAAUUAAUAUAACCAUUUUGUAGAAAUUUUUAAUUAAAAUAUUUAGAAUUUUAAGUUGAAAUUAAAAUACAUAAAAUAAAAUACAAUGAAAUGUUUGUUUUGCAUACACAUUUUUUUUAUACUAUGUGAUUGAUUUUAAGAGUAAGAAAAAAAUAAUUUUAAUUUUUUUUUGGUCACAAAUAACAAUCACUGUUAAUUGUUCUAAAAUGUAUUAAUUUUUAAAAGCAUUAAAAUCACAAUUUUAUAUUUUACAAAUGCAUGUAGAAGAAUAUUAAAUCGUCCUUUAAGCAAGUAAAUAAUUAUUCAUUUAUUGUUUAGGUGCUGAACAUUUAAGAAAAUGUUAAAGUUCAUAUAUACUUAGUUCAUAUUAUUAAAUUUAUAUUAUUGAAAUUGAUUUUUUAUUUUACUAUUAAGAAAUAUUAAAACAAAUACCUUUAAAUCAGGUAAAACAAAUCUUGAAUUCUGGAAUUGAUUUAAUUUUUAAGUUAGUUACUAUUAAAGAAAUCAAACAUGCACGCAUUUUUGUUAAUUUUAGUUAUUUUUUUAGUAAAUCUUAAUCAAACAUAUGGUAA